AUGCACAGUGAUAUACGUUCAAUCACUAGAAAGUUUCUCUCCAUUCUGUUGCUUUUUACGGUUUUUCAUGUUUCGUUCGCUGGUAAUAUCACCCCAAAAGCAUGCCUUACUGGAAAAAUAAUCCAGCCAGGUGCUACCGUCCAAUUCUACGAAUAUAUGCUUGAUGAUAUUGUAGAUAUCAAUAAUCCAGACUUUCCCAUCAGUGGUUAUAAGAAAUUUCCUUAUGUUGGUGAAAUCAAAGGUGUCACAAAUCUUAACUGGGAUUCCGGUUGGCCUGCAACUGUGCCCCCAUAUGGUUAUACGGGAGUGCCUAUCACACACUUUACGAUGGUGGCCACUGGUUACUUUGUUGCCCCAUUUACUGGUAUUUACACUAUGUCCCUAGAAGUGGACGAUUAUGCCGCUUUUUUCUUUGGUGCUGGUUCGGCCUUUGAUUGCUGUAACCGAACAUCAUCCUUCUCCGAUGCUAAUGAUCCUAUAUUCAGACUUACUUCGGGUGAAGGUGGUAGGUUAGGGGGAGGUGGUCAUAAGGUGUAUCUGGAGGCUGGGUAUUCCUAUCCAUUUAAAGCUGUUUAUACUAACGUGAAACAAAGAGGUAUCCUUAAAGUGGCUAUCCAUCUACCUGGUGGUAUGAUUGUCACUGAUUUCGGUGAUGCUAUAUACUCGUACGCGGAAGAUGAAGAGGAUCGGGAGGAGUUUUGUUCUGCACUUACCGUUAGUCAUCCUUAUACAACCAUUUUCAAUACUCAGUACGGUAUGACUGUUCAAGCUUAUAGACGAGAUUUGCCUACACCUAGCACUGUUACCACCAUCACUACGACAGAUUGGUUCAAUAAGGACGACGCGCAGGUAAACAUCAUUACAGUUAUUGACGAGCCAAUGCGAACAACAACUGUUACAUACUUGGGACUUCCAGUGGGUGGCGCUGCAAUGGCACAGGACAACUACCAGAAUAACGGUGUGACAUCUAUAAUGUGGGUCACGUUCUCGUAUGGUCCGUGGCCAGCCACAUUAUACACCACUACUACUGCAGAUGUCAAAGCUCGAACUACAACCACCUAUUAUACUAGAGUCACUAACUACAACAAUAAUUAUGAACGUACCGGAGAGUUUAAUGAGGCUGUCAUAGUGGUGAUUGAUCCACCACCAUCUACCACCUACACUACCACUUCUGCUCCAGUUUUUUUCCUAACAACCACUACUUACACCACUAUUACCACUGAUAGCAAUGGCUCUUCAUCUGAGGAAGUUGUUGUGGUAGUGAUCACCCCAGCUGUAGCCACCUCCUACACUACGACUACCGCAGAUGUCAAAGUUCCAAUUACAUCUACUUACACAACCACAGUUAUGGACAAUUUCGGUGCAUCUUCUCCAGAGGUUGUUGUGGUAGUGAUCACCCCGACUCCAUCCACCUCCUAUACUACUACUACUGCAGAUGUCACAGCUUUAACUACAACCACCUACACAACCACUGUCACUGAUAGCAAUGGCUCUUCCUCUCCAGAGGUUGUUGUGAAAGUGAUCACCCCAUCGCCAUCUACCUCCUACACCACUACUACUGCAGAUGUCACAGCUCCAACCACAACCACCUAUACUACAGCCGUUAACUACGAUGGCUUAUCUUCUCCAGAGGUUGUUGUUGUUGUGAUCACCCCAUCGCCAUCCACCUCCUACACUACUACUGCUGCAAGCAUUUCUGCCCCAACCACAACCACCUAUACUACUAUCGUCACUGACAGUAACGGUUCUUCAUCUCCAGAAGUUGUUGUUGUAGUGGCCACUCCAAUACCAAGUGCGGUCACAUCGUUCGUUGCAGGCAUGGUUGAUUCAACCACUGUUCUUUUCACCCUCACCUCCUACACCACCAACUCCAAGGGUAGCAGCACUCCAAUUGACAUAGUAAUUGUUGAGACUCCAAUGCCAACUGCUAUGAUCUCACAUGCUCCAACGAUGAUUGGAUCUGCCUCUGAUGACUCCACCACCAACCCCAGGGGUAGCAGCACUCCAAUGGACGAUGUAAGCGUUAAGACCCCAAUGGCAAGUGUAAUUACAUCAUUCGUUGCAGGUAUGAUUGAUUCGACUGAUGUUCUCUUCACCCUCACAUCUUACACUACGAACUCCAAGGGUAGCAGCACCCACAUUGACAUUGUGAUUGUAGAAACACCAAUGCCAACCGCUCUGAUCUCGCAUGCUCCAAGCAUGAUCACCUCCUAUGUUCCAGGCAUGGUUGGUUCUGCUUCUGUGCUAUCCACCUCCACCUUGUACACCACCAACUACAACGGCAGCAGCACCCACAUUGGUGUUGUGAUUGUUGAGACCCCAAUGCCAUCUGUGAUCACCUCCUAUGUUCCAGGCAUGGUUGGCUCUGCUUCUGUUCUAUCCACCUCCACCUUGUACACCACCAACUACAACGGCAGCAGCACCCACAUUGGUGUUGUGAUUGUUGAGACCCCAAUGCCAUCUGUGAUCACCUCCUAUGUUCCAGGCAUGGUUGGUUCUGCUUCUGUGCUAUCCACCUCCACCCUGUACACCACCAACUACAACGGCAGCAGCACUCAUAUUGGUGUUGUGAUUGUUGAAACCCCAAUGCCAAGUGUCAUUACUUCCUAUGUUCCAGGCAUGGUUGGUUCUGCUUCUGUGCUAUCCACCUCCACCCUGUACACCACCAACUACAACGGCAGCAGCACUCACAUUGGUGUUGUGAUUGUUGAGACCCCAAUGCCAAGUGUCAUUACUUCCUAUGUUCCAGGCAUGGUUGGUUCUGCUUCUGUGCUAUCCACCUCCACCCUGUACACCACCAACUACAACGGCAGCAGCACCCACAUUGGUGUUGUGAUUGUUGAGACCCCAAUGCCAUCUGUGAUCACCUCCUAUGUUCCAGGCAUGGUUGGUUCUGCUUCUGUGCUAUCCACCUCCACCUUGUACACCACCAACUACAACGGCAGCAGCACUCAUAUUGGUGUUGUGAUUGUUGAGACCCCAAUGCCAUCUGUGAUCACCUCCUAUGUUCCAGGCAUGGUUGGUUCUGCUUCUGUGCUAUCCACCUCCACCUUGUACACCACCAACUACAACGGCAGCAGCACCCACAUUGGUGUUGUGAUUGUUGAAACCCCAAUGCCAAGUGUCAUUACUUCCUAUGUUCCAGGCAUGGUUGGUUCUGCUUCUGUGCUAUCCACCUCCACCCUGUACACCACCAACUACAACAGCAGCAGCACUCAUAUUGGUGUUGUGAUUGUUGAGACCCCAAUGCCAAGUGUCAUUACUUCCUAUGUUCCAGGCAUGGUUGGUUCUGCUUCUGUGCUAUCCACCUCCACCCUGUACACUACCAACUACAAUGGCAGCAGCACUCAUAUUGGUGUUGUGAUUGUUGAAACCCCAAUGCCAAGUGUCAUUACUUCCUAUGUUCCAGGCAUGGUUGGCUCUGCUUCUGUUCUAUCCACCUCCACCCUGUACACCACCAACUACAACGGCAGCAGCACUCAUAUUGGUGUUGUGAUUGUUGAGACCCCAAUGCCAAGUGUCAUUACUUCCUAUGUUCCAGGCAUGGUUGGUUCUUCUUCUAUUAAGUCCACCUCCACCUUGUACACCACCAACUACAACGGUAGCAGCACUCAUAUUGGUGUUGUGAUUGUUGAGACCCCAAUGCCAAGUGUCAUUACUUCCUAUGUUCCAGGCAUGGUUGGCUCUGCUUCUGUUCUAUCCACCUCCACCCUGUACACCACCAACUACAACGGCAGCAGCACUCACAUUGGUGUUGUGAUUGUUGAGACCCCAAUGCCAUCUGUGAUCACCUCCUAUGUUCCAGGCAUGGUUGGUUCUGCUUCUGUGCUAUCCACCUCCACCCUGUACACCACCAACUACAACGGCAGCAGCACUCAUAUUGGUGUUGUGAUUGUUGAGACCCCAAUGCCAAGUGUCAUUACUUCCUAUGUUCCAGGCAUGGUUGGUUCUGCUUCUGUGCUAUCCACCUCCACCCUGUACACCACCAACUACAACGGCAGCAGCACUCACAUCGGUGUUGUGAUUGUUGAGACCCCAAUGCCAAGUGUCAUUACUUCCUAUGUUCCAGGCAUGGUUGGUUCUGCUUCUGUGCUAUCCACCUCCACCCUGUACACCACCAACUACAACGGCAGCAGCACCCACAUUGGUGUUGUGAUUGUUGAAACCCCAAUGCCAUCUGUGAUCACCUCCUAUGUUCCAGGCAUGGUUGGUUCUGCUUCUGUGCUAUCCACCUCCACCCUGUACACCACCAACUACAACGGCAGCAGCACUCAUAUUGGUGUUGUGAUUGUUGAAACCCCAAUGCCAUCUGUGAUCACCUCCUAUGUUCCAGGCAUGGUUGGUUCUGCUUCUGUGUUAUCCACCUCCACCCUGUACACCACCAACUACAACGGCAGCAGCACCCACAUUGGUGUUGUGAUUGUUGAGACCCCAAUGCCAAGUGUCAUUACUUCCUAUGUUCCAGGCAUGGUUGGUUCUGCUUCUGUUCUAUCCACCUCCACCCUGUACACCACCAACUACAACGGCAGCAGCACUCACAUCGGUGUUGUGAUUGUUGAGACCCCAAUGCCAAGUGUCAUUACUUCCUAUGUUCCAGGCAUGGUUGGUUCUGCUUCUGUUCUAUCCACCUCCACCCUGUACACCACCAACUACAACGGCAGCAGCACCCACAUUGGUGUUGUGAUUGUUGAGACCCCAAUGCCAAGUGUCAUUACUUCCUAUGUUCCAGGCAUGGUUGGUUCUGCUUCUGUGCUAUCCACCUCCACCCUGUACACCACCAACUACAACGGCAGCAGCACCCACAUUGGUGUUGUGAUUGUUGAGACCCCAAUGCCAUCUGUGAUCACCUCCUAUGUUCCAGGCAUGGUUGGUUCUGCUUCUGUGCUAUCCACCUCCACCUUGUACACCACCAACUACAACGGCAGCAGCACUCAUAUUGGUGUUGUGAUUGUUGAAACCCCAAUGCCAAGUGUCAUUACUUCCUAUGUUCCAGGCAUGGUUGGUUCUGCUUCUGUUCUAUCCACCUCCACCCUGUACACCACCAACUACAACGGCAGCAGCACUCACAUUGGUGUUGUGAUUGUUGAGACCCCAAUGCCAUCUGUGAUCACCUCCUAUGUUCCAGGCAUGGUUGGUUCUGCUUCUGUUCUAUCCACCUCCACCCUGUACACCACCAACUACAACGGCAGCAGCACCCACAUUGGUGUUGUGAUUGUUGAGACCCCAAUGCCAAGUGUCAUUACUUCCUAUGUUCCAGGCAUGGUUGGUUCUGCUUCUGUUCUAUCCACCUCCACCCUGUACACCACCAACUACAACGGCAGCAGCACCCACAUUGGUGUUGUGAUUGUUGAGACCCCAAUGCCAUCUGUGAUCACCUCCUAUGUUCCAGGCAUGGUUGGUUCUGCUUCUGUUCUAUCCACCUCCACCCUGUACACCACCAACUACAACGGCAGCAGCACCCACAUUGGUGUUGUGAUUGUUGAGACCCCAAUGCCAAGUGUCAUUACUUCCUAUGUUCCAGGCAUGGUUGGUUCUGCUUCUGUUCUAUCCACCUCCACCCUGUACACCACCAACUACAACGGCAGCAGCACCCACAUUGGUGUUGUGAUUGUUGAGACCCCAAUGCCAUCUGUGAUCACCUCCUAUGUUCCAGGCAUGGUUGGUUCUGCUUCUGUGCUAUCCACCUCCACCCUGUACACCACCAACUACAACGGCAGCAGCACUCAUAUUGGUGUUGUGAUUGUUGAGACCCCAAUGCCAAGUGUCAUUACUUCCUAUGUUCCAGGCAUGGUUGGUUCUGCUUCUGUGCUAUCCACCUCCACCCUGUACACCACCAACUACAACGGCAGCAGCACUCACAUCGGUGUUGUGAUUGUUGAGACCCCAAUGCCAAGUGUCAUUACUUCCUAUGUUCCAGGCAUGGUUGGUUCUGCUUCUGUGCUAUCCACCUCCACCCUGUACACCACCAACUACAACGGCAGCAGCACUCACAUCGGUGUUGUGAUUGUUGAGACCCCAAUGCCAAGUGUCAUUACUUCCUAUGUUCCAGGCAUGGUUGGUUCUGCUUCUGUGCUAUCCACCUCCACCCUGUACACCACCAACUACAACGGCAGCAGCACCCACAUUGGUGUUGUGAUUGUUGAAACCCCAAUGCCAAGUGUCAUUACUUCCUAUGUUCCAGGCAUGGUUGGUUCUGCUUCUGUUGCUAUCCACCUCCACCUUGUACACCACCAACUACAACGGUAG